AUGCCGUUCAGAUCCCGGUGGUCCAUUCCUAUACCAAACACAUCCCUACCAAGCCUCAUCUUCAAGUCACCACAACAUCCACAUUCAGAUACCAGAAAAUGCUACGUUGACACCACCCGGCCCGAUACCCAUUUCUUCACCGUCCAUGGCUAUUUUCUCUGGUGCAAGCGACUCGCCGCUGGCCUGCGGAAAUCCGGCCUCAAGUCCGGCGAUCGCGUGCUGCUGUUUUCCGCAAACACCCUCAUGUAUCCCGUGGCCUUCAUGGGCAUUGUGAUGGCAGGUUGCGUGUUUACGGGGGCAAAUCCUACAUACACACCACGAGAACUGGCAUACCAAUUGAGUGACAGUGGCGCAACGUAUCUUCUAUGCGCAGAGUCCGCCCUGGAUACCGGCAUUGCCGCCGCGGAACAGAGUGGAUUGGCGCGAGACCGGAUAUUCGUAUUUAAUGAUCUGGUCUAUGACGGCACGGGGGAGGGAACUAAAGGUUGUCGGUAUUGGGGAGAGCUGUUCGCUUCCACGGAGGAAGGAGAACGUUUCAGCUGGGAAGAACUGUCCACCCCCGAGGCAGCGGAUCGGACUCUGGCACUGAAUUACUCCAGCGGAACAACCGGCGUUCCCAAGGGUGUCCAGAUCACCCACAAGAAUUAUGUCGCCAACACCCUCCAGUUCACAAACAGUACUUACCUUGAUAAAGACCAUGCAGAGAAACUCAAGAGGACAAGAUGGAUGUGUUUCUUGCCAAUGUAUCACGCGAUGGCCCAGAAUAUCUUCAUUGCUGCUGCCUUGAUCCUGGGUGUCCCCGUCUAUCUGAUGCCACGGUUCGAUUUCAUCCAAAUGCUUGAAAAUACUCAGACAUUCCGCAUCAGCAAUUUGAUACUGGUUCCACCAAUAGCGGUAGCGCUGGCAAAGCACCCGGCGGUGAAAAAUUAUGACCUGAGCAGUUUGGAGCAGAUCGGCUGCGGUGCGGCCCCACUGGGGAGGGAAAUCAGCGAGGAACUGGAGGGAUUGUUUCCAAAAGGAAAAUUAUUUAUUAGACAAGGCUGGGGAAUGACCGAGACAACUUGCUCGAUUUUGGGAUGGGAUCCAAACCAGAAGGGAACAAGUGCCUCUGUUGGCGAGUUAAAUCCCAACUGUGAGGCCAAGAUCAUGGCAGAAGACGGAGUGACGGAACUCGGACGUAAUCAACAGGGAGAACUUUGGGUUCGAGGGCCGAAUAUCAUGAAGGGCUAUUGGAAUAAACCAGAAGCAACAAAAGAGACCUUGACUGAGGACAGGUGGCUGAAAACGGGUGAUAUCGGAUAUGUAGAUGAUGCAGGAAAGUUCUACAUCCUGGAUAGAAAGAAGGAGCUUAUCAAAGUGAAAGGAAACCAGGUAGCACCGGCGGAACUAGAAGCCAUUCUGUUAGACCACUCCGCAGUAGCGGAUGCGGCAGUCAUUGGAGUUACCAAGGACAACGAGGAAUACCCUCGGGCGUACAUCAUUCUCAAACCGGGAAGCCCAGCGACCGUCGAAACAGCGCAAAAUAUCGUCGAUUAUAUGAAAGAUAAGGUUGCACCAGUCAAGAGAAUCACCGGGGGCAUAGUUUUUGUCGACACCAUCCCAAAGAAUCCUUCUGGCAAAAUUUUAAGGAGAGAGCUUCGAGAUAGAGCAAGGAGCGAAAUCAAAGCAGGGCUCGCUUCCUCUAAACUAUAA